GCUCGUUUCUGGCUGUUUGCAGAAUAUAUUUUCCAUACCAAGCUUGAACUUCUCCUUCUAGAUAGCGAGGCUGGGACGCAUCAAUAGCUAGAUUACUGGUCUUUGGUCACCGAGUCUUGUUCUCGUUCGCAGAUUAAGUGAACUCGUAAAGCUUCAAACCUAACACUAUUGUUAGACAGAUGAGUGUUCAUUAGAUGACAUUUCCUAUACGAAAUCGUUGACUUAAACCGUAUGUUUGAUAAAGCUUGAAAGCGUUUACGAAUACGUGGGCGAUAAACACAUAAUGAUUGUUAAUCUUAAAUGGAUUUUGGUGUUUUCAUCAUUUGACCUUUGCCAUGGAAAUAAGAAAUUGAAACAAAAGAAUUUAAACCAAAUUGUGGGUGGCCCAGAAAAGGGCCUUUACUCGUUCCCUUAACAGUUCCGAAAUUCAUGAACAAAAAAGUUGCUAUGACUCCGUUAUAGCGCCGCACAUGGGACAGUGGAUUCUACGGACAAGUGGUGAUGGGUCGUAGGCACAAAAUAAAUGAAACAUUGCAUCGCAUCGACAAAAAAUCCAGGUACUUCCAUCAACAGUUUCAUGUGGCGGUUGAGCAAGAUGACAAAUAUCACACAGUCUGUUGUCAUAAGCGUUUUCGUCAUUGUCGUCGUCUAGUUCAGUGAACUCCUCUGAGUUAAUCGAAACAAUUUCUUCCUCAUCAUUGCUUAACGUUGCAUUCAUAUUGACGUUAUUUUGACAGUUGGUAACUUACAAAAUAGGAAGGAAGGACAUUGAGUGUUCACGAAAGUCCUUUAUAAAAAAUUAUAACAACACUAAUCAAAUUACCUCCUUUGUCUACUCGGCUGUGAGGAACCGCUAGGUGUUCUGCGGCCAUUUCUCCAACAUACGAAUCUAAUAUACGGCUUCCGAUCUCUAUGGAAAUGAGAAUCCCUCACCACAUAAUGGCAGUACAUAGCUCUUUCAUAAGUUCUAACACCGCUCUUCAAAUAAUUGAGACGCUACGAGAUACAGUGUGAUGAAGAAUAGAUUAUCGGCAACGUGAGGAAUAACAGAGCUUGAGUUUUGUACGUUACUACAGUCCGUAACUGGGAGAAGAUGUGCUCUGUCAUCGAGUCCAGACAUUCUAUACUGAUUUUAAGAAAUAAACGACCAAUUAUAACGAACUCAAAACUAACCAUUUGAUUGGACGAAACAGAAUGAAAAUUAUCGGAAGAUGGGGAUGAAAAAUUUUUUCAAAAGGGAUAAAAACAAUUUUCACUAAAAAAAAUACAAAAGUGGCCGUGCAAUUAAUGUUAACCUGCACUCACCAUGGGUGGUGAGCGGAUAAUAGGAGUCGAGAAGUUCGUGUAUCUGGGUAGCUACGUAAGUGUUGAAUUCUGUUGGACCUUCAUGACUCCCUGGUUGGGGUCCUAGAAAUGGUACAACACUGUCUAGAGAAUAGAAGUCAGUAACGAUCCUGCUGUAACUUUCUUUUAAUUUUUUCAUAAAAGUGGGCUUCUUUGACUGAACGAAUUCCUUCUGAUUGUAUUUUUCCUACCAACUUCCUUUGCUUGAGUACAUAAAUACUAAUGUCGGCUGUAACGAUUGUGUAGAUCUUUAGUAGCAUUGAAAACAGCUCUUUCUGUGGGAGUUUUGUUCCCUGAGCUAGAUGGUUUGGCCGUGGAGCUUCCAUUGUUUUUCUUAACAACAUCAACGCCUCAAACUUUGGGUAGAACUGAAGUUUUCGAACCAAUAGACAAAUCCAUCCAAAAUGAUAGAUAACCAAAUCUCAAGAAUUUUGAACAAGCUUGUCAAAAACAGGACAAAUAUCAAGACAGGAUCAAUGGAAAAUGGAAUACAAUGAACCAUUACUCCCUCGAAUCUAUGGUAGGCUGAAAAUACACAAACCAAACAUCCCACUACUUCCAAUCGUAACAAUCCUCAGAACACCAACAUACAAUUUGUCAAAAAAAUUUCACGAAUAUUGGGACAUUCAAUGGAUUCAUCCGAUCACUCCAUCAAAUAUCCUAUACAAUUCAUGGAUUAGAUUAAGGGAAUUCAAAUCAACGACGAACUGAUGAUAUCGUCCGAUGAUGCAGUCUUACUCACCUCACUUGAGACACACUUAGCGAAGGAAACUCUAAUACUGCUCCUUACAAACGACACUAAUCUCGCAAAGUACACGAAGCUUCAAAGUCAAAGUUUACUAGAACUCAUCGAUUUAUGCUUAACAACAUAUUUUCUAUUCCACAGCGAAAUCUACGAACAAACUAAAAGAACAUCGAUGGAAUCACCAAUAUCAGGACUUAUUGCAUAAGCAGUGAUGCAGAGACUGGAAGUCUCGAUCCAACCAGUGAUCAAGCCAAAAUGUUGGAUUCCCUAUGUGGACAACACAUUCGUCACUGUCGAAAGGGACGAGUUGGAAAACACAAUUGUAUGAAUGAAGAAUAUUCUUUUCAAUAAUUUCUCAUCAGGUUCCACAAUUAUAAAUCCAAAUUAAUAAUCCAUAAAAUUGGCCAAGAUUUAAGGCAGAGUACGUCAUUUAAAAUGGUAAUAUGUGAAUCAAGAAUUGUUGUUUGUUAUGUAAUAAUAUCAAUUCUGAUCGUUAAUGUUAGAGCUGACUAAUUUAAAGUGUUAACAUGAAUCAGUUUAUAAGUGAAAUGGAAUUGUGCGAUAAAUGAUCAGAAUAAAUAAAGCAAUAACAAAUAUUGGUGCAGAAUAGUAUGAAUUCGUAUUAUUUCGAGGUUUCUCGUUAGCUGCUUACAAACCAAAAACGUGAUAGAAUUUUUACAUUGAGAUAGAGUGAAAACAAUUGACAUAGAUGAGUGUAAAUAACUGGGUUACAAUAAUAACUAUAUAUAUAUGAACAGGUCAGAGGUCAAAAGGAAUUAAUUCGGGUUGGGUGGUGUAAUGAUGGAAUUGAAUAAUCAUAAGAUAGGUUACGUAAUAAUAAUUAAAUAGAAUUCGAAAAGUUAAGAUAAUUUAAGAGGAUGAGGUAUGGAAAUAUGUGAAUAAUAAUGUGGUUAAGAAUUAUGUAAUAGGGGAGGAGUAUAAAUAUUUU